AGACAACACACCCCGCACACGCACACGUUUUCAUUUGCUCAUCAUUGGCGUGUGUGAUAGUACGAGGAGGCUCUAACACUUUUGUGAUCUUUGCUCUCAGACAAAUCUAUCGCCCACUUCUACGCAUUCUUCUGCUGUUUUUUCUGUCUCAUUCGCACUUCUCUUUCUUCCCUUCUCUCACACCAUUCCUUCUCCUCUCUCUCUCUCGUUUUCCCUCCCAGUUCUUGAUUGAAGAUGAGUUAUUUGUAUCUCUACGUUCGACAGAUUGAAAUGGUAUUUGACAAAAAAAGUCACAGAAGGCAUAAUGAGAGCGAGUAUUAGUAUGUCCAGUUCUUUUCAUUUUGGGGAAAGAGAAGCUGCAUGACAGCUUGCUUUCCUUGUGUUCUUGAAGGUAUUUGAAAGAGAAAACUAGUUGGUUUUUGGUUCAGGUGGAUCAUUCUUUGAUUCGAAGAUCACAUUUAGGGAAGAAAAACAUGAGGCAAGCGGUACCAGUUUUCUUGGUAAUCUUGUCUAUUGGCGUUUUCUUCUUGACAUAUAACUUCAUUACGAUGAUUGUACAUUACCGAGACUCCAGUCCUAGAAAAUGGACUUCUGGUGAAAACUCGAGUCAGCUUCUCACUGAUCCAGUCAUUGAGAUGCCAGAGCAUGCAAAAAGAACAAAGAAUCAAAGGCUGCUUUUUCAUGUUGCCCUGACAGCCACUGCUUCGCCCUAUAGCAGAUGGCAGUGUCGUAUAAUGUACUACUGGUAUAAGAAGAGGAAGGAUUUGCCUGGAUCAGACAUGGGAAAGUUUACUCGAAUUCUUCAUUCUGGAAAUCCUGAUAACCUGAUGGACGAGAUCCCUACAGUUGUGGUUGAUCCUCUUCCUGAAGGUUUGGAUCGGGGUUAUGUCGUCCUGAACAGACCAUGGGCUUUCGUGCAAUGGCUGGAUAAGGUGAAAAUUGAAGAAGAAUAUAUAUUGAUGGCAGAACCUGAUCAUAUAUUUCUAAAUCCACUGCCCAACUUGGUCUAUGAAGGAUAUCCUGCUGCAUUCCCCUUUUUUUACAUCAAGCCCUCAGAAAAUGUGAAGAUUAUACGGAAGUUUUUCCCAGAGGAAAUGGGUCCAGUAACAAGCAUUGAUCCCAUCGGGAAUUCUCCAGUUAUAAUUAAGAAGGAUUUGCUGGAGAAAAUUGCACCUACCUGGAUGAACGUUUCGCUUAAAAUGAAAAAUGAUCCAGAGACAGAUAAUACUUUUGGAUGGGUGCUAGAAAUGUAUGCAUAUGCUGUGGCCUCUGCUCUUCAUGGAGUGCAGCAUAGUCUCUACCGAGGCUUCAUGUUGCAGCCUCCAUGGGACUUGGAAACCGGAAAUAAGUUUAUUCUUCAUUACACUUACGCUUGCGACUACAACAUGAAGGGUGAACUAACUUAUGGGAAAAUCGGAGAGUGGCGUUUCAAUAAGCGAUCCUACCUUCACGGGCCUCCACCUCGAAAUCUGUCAUUGCCUCCUCCUGGUGUUCCAGAAAGUGUGGUGACUCUUGUAAAAAUGGUGAAUGAAGCUACUGCCGACAUCCCAGAUUGGGAUACGGCACAAAAAUGAAGACAAACAGCUCAUUAAUCAAAACUUUGCCUUAGAAUGAAUGCAAAUACUUACAGAGUUUAGGUAGAGAGCCCUUGUGUUUGUUUUUUUUCUGCACAUUUCUUUCUUACAGUGGAAUGCACCCCAUCCCAUAUGAAACUAGUGCCAGUGGUUUGAGGUUGAAGUGAAAAUUG